CGCAGACAGAGCAGAGACCGGAGCUGCGGUGUUGCGUGGCGGAACGGAGCCUUGUGCACCGGCCACAAAGACACGCUGGAUAUAGAUACACGAGGAACACAUCCGACUGCAGGGAAAAAGGGGAUGCCCUAGGCCGGCCAGGGCCCGCUGAGCAGAGAUGAGUCUCACUUCCUGGUUCCUGGUGAGCAGCGGGGGCACCCGCCAUCGGCUGCCGCGCGAGAUGAUCUUCGUCGGCCGAGACGACUGCGAGCUCAUGCUGCAGUCGCGCAGCGUGGACAAGCAGCACGCCGUCAUCAACUAUGAGCCAGCGGCCGACGAACACAAAGUCAAAGAUCUGGGGAGCCUGAACGGGACGUUUGUGAACGACGUCCGGAUCCAGGAGCAGGUGUACUUCACCCUGAAGAUCGAUGACAAGCUCAGGUUUGGAUAUGAUACCAACCUGUUCACCGUGGUCCGAGGGGAGCUGCAGGUCCCUGAGGAGGCUCUGAAGCACGAGAAGUUCAGCAGUCAGCUGCAGUUGCCUAAGAAGCCUCCUGAAGGAGAGACGUCCAAACCGCCCGCUCCCUCUAAACCCGCUAAACCUGCUAAACCCUCCACCUCCACCUCCACCUCCACCACCGCGGGCACCUCGGGCAGCGCCGCCGCCAAGCCCAGCGCAGAGGGAGCCGCCAAACCCAGCGAUGACAAGAUGGCGGGAGACCUGGCCGCACUGCAUCGUGGGACACCGCUGUACGGGCAGCCAUCUUGGUGGGGGGAUGGGGACGCUGACGACGAGAACUCCUUCAAACAGGAAGCCAGGCCGGCGGGCAGGAAGCAGGAAAGCGCCGCGCCAGACAGCAGAGACCCCCCUAAGGGUAAGGAGGUGGGGGGUCUAUGCCCCCCAGGGCAGGAGCCCAGCUACUUUGAGAUCCCCACUAAAGAGUCUCUGAUGGCGGAGAGCAGCAUCCACGAGACCCCCACCAAGGAACGGAGGGUGCGGGCGUCGCCCCGGCGACCGCCGCCGCCGUCACCCCCGGCAACCGCCGCCGCAGGCGCCGAGGCCUCCAGCCAGGGCCACGCCUCCUUCACCAUCGAGUUCGACGAGGCGUCGCCGGGGAAGGUGAAGAUCCGCGAUCACGUGACCAAGCACACGCCGGAACACGGCCACGCCCCCGAGCCCCGCUUCCGCCCGCCCCGCCGCGCCCCCGGGGGCGAGCUCAGCACCCUGCAGGCCGCCAUGAUCGCCGCCGAGAGCAAGGUCGCCGAUUGGCUGGCCCAGAACGACCCGCCCCUCGCGCGCAUGGAGUCCACCGAGGACGACAGCAAGAGCAUCAAGAGCGACGUGCCUGUGCACCUGAACCGCCUCAAAGGGAGUAAGCACGCAGACGGGACUCAGAGUGACUCAGAGAACGGGGCGGGGCACCGGUUCAGCAGCAGGAGGGCGGCGCUGGAGCAGCGUCUGCGGGGGGGUCCGGGGGGGCUUGGGGGGCCGCUCAGCCGGAGCACCUUCACCAUCGAGUUCUUCGACCCGGACGACCCGCGGAAGCAGCGCUCGUACUCCUUCUCCCCGGGGCCGGGCGGGGCGGGGGGCGUGGCCGGCGCUGAGGGCUCCUCCCCGCGGCCCCGCGGCCCCGCCCCCGCGCCGGGCCGUCUCCCCCUGAAGCAGCACUCAGAGGAGGGCAGCCCGGCCUGGAGCUCCGCCAGCGUGGGCCAGCAGACCAGCCCCACCGACGAGCCGCCCAGGGCCCCGCGCCCCGCAGACAGCCAGGCCCCCGAGGACGACCUCAGCGAUAAGGGCACCUACACCAUCGAGCUGGAGACCCAGAACCCCGAGGAGGCCGAGGCCCGCCGCAUGAUCGACAAGGUGUUUGGCGUGGAGGAAAGCCAGGUGCCCGCCCGGACGGGAUGCCCGGUACACCAACAGGAGGCGGGGAAGGAGCGGCAGAAAGCCGCUAAAGGCGAGCUGAGAAAAACGUAUUACAUCGAUUCACAGACGCUACCGGAAGACCUGAUUGGUGUAGGCAGCCCUCGCUGGGUGUCCCAGUGGGCCAGUUUAGCUGCUAAUCACACCAGAACCGACCCGGAAGGUUCCGGAGGAGAAACCCCGGCUUUCGUGCAUAAAGAGAAAGUGGCCGAGCUCGGGGGGGGCGGCAUUAAGCCCGUCCCGUCUGCGGCCCCGCCCCCCAGCCACAGCGAGCGCAAGCGCAGGACCCUGCCGCAGCCCCCCAGCGAGGAGAAGCCCCCCGGGGCCCAGCGCGGGCCCCCAGGGGCCGGGCCCCGCUCCGAGAUCGGGGAGAAGCAGGACACGGAGCCCCAGGAGAAGGAGAGCCAGUCCGACCCGGACCCCACGGGCGGGGCCUCCCGGCCGGAGGGGGCGGCGGCUAAGGAGCAGAGGGGCGUGGCCGCGCAGAGGGGCGGGGCCCAGAGGGGCGUGUCCGCCAAGCCGUCUCCGGGGCGACCGGCGGGGGAGAGACGGAGACGCUCGGGGGAGAGGGGGGGGAAGGGGGGCGAGGAGAGGGGGGGGAAGCCCCUGGUUCGGCAGGGCAGCUUCACGGUGGACCGGCCCAGCAGCAGCGUGCCCCAGGAGCUGAUCCCGCGCAUCGGCCAGCAGGGCGGCGCCCUGGACACCAGCGCUCUGCUGCGGGACACGCAGGCCGUGAUGGCGCUGCUGGAGGCCCGUCUCCGUGACGACCCGCCCUCCCCCGAGUCCGACAUCGACACGGCGAGCACGCAGAGCCAGGCGGAGCGCAAGGCCCAAACGCCCAAACGCCGCACGCUGUCGGGCCAGCACCGCGAGAAGAGCGGCACCGGCGCCUCCAGGGCCGCCAACGCCGUGCCCGGCGCCUCCCGCGACCGCCUGGAGAGGAAGGCCAAGCCCCGCCCCCCCUCCUCCCAGAGCCGGGCGGAGCCGCGCCGCCCCGCCCCCGCCCCGCCCGGCCACCGGCGCCAGGCCUCGCUCGACCUGACGGACGAUGACAUCACGUCCUCCCUGCCGCACUCCGCCUUCUCCGACGUGCUCUCCUCCGACCAGGAGACGGGCUCCGCCCGCGGCCCCGCCCACUUCCCCUCCACCGACGACCUGCGGUCCUCCAAAGCGGCGCAGGGCCCCGCCCCGUCGCCGGGGAAACCGGCCACGCUGCCGCGGCCCCGCCCCACGCGGGCGUCCCUGCUGCGCCGCGCGCGCCAUGGCGACGCGUCCGACUCGGAGCUGGGCGACGCCGACCGCGUGUCCGUGGCCUCGGAGGUCUCCACCACCAGCUCCACGUCGCGGCCGCCGUCCGGCCGGAAGGUUCCGUCUCGCAUCGACGUGCUGGCACAGCCCCGCCGCACACGCCUGGGCUCGCUGUCCGCCCGCAGCGACUCCGAAACCACGGCAACCCGCCACACCGGCCCCGCCCCCGCCCGCGUGUCCGCGGAGACGCUGCUCCGUCUGGGCCUGCGCUCCGGGGCCCCGCCCACGCCCAGGACCCGCGCCAACAGCGUCUCCAAGCUGCCCGACGCCAAACUGAGCGCCCCCACAGCCCACAGCUCCCCCGCAGAGAGCUCCCAGCCCGGCCCUGAAAGUGCCCCAGCAGAGGAAGAGCCCCUGGCCAGUAACCGCUGGAGGCGCUUGCCCCCGGAGUAUGCCUCCACGUCGGAGGACGAGUUCGGCUCCAACCGCCACCCCUCCAGACACGGCCGGCUCCGCCCCGGCUCCGCCCAGAGAGCCCCGCGCCUGGGAGGCUCCGCCCCCUCCACGCCCGGCCCGGGGACCAAGCACCGCGGAAGGGAGCAGGAGGAGUACAUCAGAGACUGGACCGCCCACAGUGAGGAGAUCGCCAGGUUAUUUCCCUGUGUGCACAGGAUCAGUCAGGACCUGGCGAAGGACCUGGCGAUGUUGGCGCGGGAGAUCCACGACGUGGCGGGCGAGAUCGACUCGGUCAGCUCCUCUGGCACCGCGCCCAGCACCACAGUAAGCACCGCGGCCACCACGCCCGGGUCUGCCCUAGACACCAGAGAAGAGCUGGUGGACCGCGUGUUCGACGAGAGCCUGAACUUCAGGAAGACUCCGCCCACGGCCCCGCCCACGGCCCCGCCCAAAGCACCCGAGAUCAACGGCCGGCCAGUGGAGCUCCGCCCCAGAGCCCCUGACGGACAGGACCCCCAGACCGCCCUGCGGCGUCGCACCUGGAACAGAGAGGAGGCAGCCUUGGACAGUUUGCUGCUGAAUUCCGUGUCCCAGCUGUCUGCUAAAAUCCGGCAAAACGUGGACAAAACCGCCGGGAAGAUCAGGAUUCUGUUCAAGGACAGGGACAGGAACUGGGAGGAGAUCGAGGGGAAGCUGAAAGCAGAGGGCGACGUGCCACUUCUUAAAACCUCCAACAAGGAGAUCUCCUCCAUCCUGCAGGAGCUGAAGAGGGUGGAGAAACAGCUGCAGGUGAUCAAUGUGAUGGUGGAUCCAGACGGCACCCUGGAUGCGCUGGCUAGCCUGGGCCUGACGAGCCCCACCCUGCCCAAGCCCCGGACCAGCCCUGGCCCCGGCCCCCAGGGGCCCCUCCCGGGGAACGGGGCCGCCCGGGGGCCCCAGGCCUCGGCACCCUCAGAGGGGGGGUCGGAGAGAGACUUCAGCCUCCCGCUAAACCGCUUCACCCCCAGCGGGGAGGAGACCUCACUGCCCCCGGAGUGAGAGAGGCCCCACCCACCCAGAGCCCUGCCAGCUUCCACGCCCCCUCUGCGCUGCACCCAAUCAGAGUCAUGCCCCCUCAGAGCCACGCCCCCGUGGGCCACUCCCCCUCAUAGCCCCCCCCCCCCCCCCCCCAGAGCUGCGCCCAAUCAGAGCCACAGCCUCACAUAGCCACGCCCCCUCUGCAUUCCCUUACAGAAAGUCUGUGUCCUCCUACGUGUCUAACAGGGUUUGAACUCAACUCAAUUUGUUAAUUGGGGAAGAAUCCCCGUAGAGCAGGAUGGGACGUUUUUGAUGGUUUGUUUUUCUGAAAAGAGAAGAAGCCCCUCCCCUUUGGCCCUGCUUGUUCUCCGUCCAGCAGCAACGCCCGGACAUGCCGUCUGAUUCACUGCCAAUCACUCCCCGUGGGCGGGGCCUGCUCUGCCCCGCCCCCAGCCCCAGGCCACACACACAACAUCAGGACUCUAACACCCCGUUUGGCCAGAGGGGUAUUUCAGUAAAGCAGUGCUGCAUGUGACAUUAUAUCCACUCAUGGAGCACUGCUGUCUAAACCGGGCCCUGACCGGACCUGCUGUCUGAACCGGGCCCUGUCCGGGCCUGCUGUCUGAACCGGGCCCUGUCUGAACCGGGCCUGCUGUCUGAACCGGGCCUGCUGUCUGAACCGGGCCCUGACCGGGCCUGCUGUCUGAACCGGGCCCUGUCCGGGCCUGCUGUCUGAACCGGGCCCUGUCUGAACCGGGCCUGCUGUCUGAACCGGGCCCUGACCGGACCUGCUGUCUGAACCGGGCCCUGUCCGGGCCUGCUGUCUGAACCGGGCCCUCUCCGGCGCUGCUGUCUGAACCGGGCCCUGACCGGGCAGCCAGGGGCCUGAACACACCGUGUCUCAGGCCUGGGCCAGCUCCUGGGUGUGUGUGUCUAUAAACUGGAAAAAAAAACAUAUAUACUUGUAAAAGUAGAUGAUACUAAUGUCUUCAACUGUGGUCAUUCUUAAAAUAGGAUGCUUUUCCCGUUAGCAAAUAUGAGACUUUAGGAAGCUAAGCGAAUGUUAGACGUUAGCUACAAGUUGUGUGUCAUUUUCCACCCAGUGGAUCACAACGGGGGGACUGUGUUGCCCCUGAUUGGAGAUUUACUGCAAGUAUUUCACGACAACUUCUCUUUUCCUUUUGGUUUUGUACGAGACAAACAGAUCUUUGUCGCAUAUGAAUCUGAAGCUGUUGUGAAAUCAGUCAUGUAGCUCCCCCAGCUGCAGUGAAACAUGGAAUGACACCGUACCUGCCUGUUUAAUGAUAUAUUUAUGGUAUGAAGAUGUUUUUUUUUAUUUUUAAGAUUUGAUAUCUUUUUGGUUUGCUCUGUUACCAUUACCGGAUCUUAUCUUUGUGAACCAUAAGUAUUUGACUUUCUGACAGGAAGUGCAUGUAUAGCAGUUUCCUUUAAGAGAAACCUAAACCGCAGGAAUGGGAGAAUAGACAAACGACAGCCAUCAUUUUACAUACUGAUCUACAGAAUAUGAUACAUAUUGAUAUACGUCUUACUGAUCUACUGAAUAUGAUACAUAUUGAUAUACGUUUUACUGAUCAACUGAAUAUGAUACAUAUUGAUAUAGGUUUUACUGAUCUGCAGAAUAUGAUACAUAUUGAUAUAUGUUUUACUGAUCUGCAGAAUAUGAUACAUAUUGAUAUAUGUUUUACUGAUCUGCAGAAUAUGAUACAUAUUGAUAUAGGUUUUACUGAUCUACAGAAUAUGGUGUAUACUGACAUGUGUACUGAGUUACUUGGCUACUUCCUGGUAAUCCCCUCAAGGAUCCAGGAAGUGUUGCUAGAAAGUAUCCACCAAUCACCAUUGUCAUUGUUCUUUUGGGUGUUACCAAAGUACUUGGUGAUCGGUGGACCUCUUCUCUGUUUUCUACCAGUAAGAUCAUGUCAUGGUAGAGGCUGUUGUAGCCCUAUUUUGUUAUCCCUGAAGCAUACUUUGUUCAAAUCAUUGUUGUACUGAGGAACCCAUUUAAACACUAUGUUGUGUCAAACGUUGGAAGAGUUCACCCUCUGUGCUACACUUCAGUCCCCGUGUCUGAGCCCGGACAGCCGAACCUGUCCAAGACGACUCAUUUCAAAGCUUUUAACAGGCUGAUGCGAUGAACUUUCAGCAGCCAUGAAUCUUCCUUGGCCAGCACUCCGUUCCUGAUAUAAUUCACUGUAAUUGUCCCGGGUCCUACAUUUAACAGAAACUGUAAUUAAAACCAAACCAUUUUAACCAUGUACUUACCAACAGGCCAUAGCUGCCCUUUUGAUUAUGCUUGUAUCAUAAUGAACCACUCUGAUAUUUAUGGAAGAAUACACACACACACACACACACGCACACACACAGACACACGCACAGAGACACACACACAGACACACGCACACACACUCACACAGACACACACACAGAGACACACAUACACACUGACACACAUGCACACACUCACACACACACACGCACACACACAGACACACACACACAGAGACACACACACACACACUCACACAGACACACACACAGAGACACACAUACACACAAUCACUGACACACACACACGCUCACACACAGACACGCAUACACACAGCCUGCUGAUUUUUUUUAGUUACAGUGAGGUGCAGAAUCCUGUGUUGUGGGUCUUUCCAUAUGAAGCUGUUUGCAGUCGACAGAAAGACUCCAGUGCUCUGUGUCCCUGAGACUCCAGUGCGCUGUGUCACUGAGACUCCAGUGCUCUGUGUCACUGAGACUCCAGUGCUCUGUGUCCCUGAGACUCCAGUGCGCUGUGUCCCUGAGACUCCAGUGCUCUGUGUCACUGAGACUCCAGUGCGCUGUGUCCCUGAGACUCCAGUGCUCUGUGUCCCUGAGACUCCAGUGCUCUGUGUCUCUGAGACUCCA